UUGAGAGUUUAUCGCGACUCUCAACAGUGUACAGUGUAACGUCAGAAAGCGAUAAAUUGAGCCCGAAAACAAAAACUAUGAUGGGACGAUAAAAAAUUAUCACAAGUGAAAAAAAAGCAAGACUGGACGAAAAAAUGAACGUCGUAACCGCUCUCAAGUUUUACAUUACCCGAAUGACCGAAGAAAGUGGUCCGGGAAUGAAAGUACUGCUAAUGGACAAACAAACGACGAGCAUAAUAAGCAUAGUUUACAGUCAAUCAGAAAUCCUUAUGAAGGAAGUUUAUCUCUUUGAAAAAAUUGAUGCAGCUGUACGCGGCGAAGGUUCCAGACAUUUAAAAUGUAUAGUAUUUAUAAGGCCUACCAAGGAAAAUGUUGCUCUACUUUGCAACGAGCUUAGAUCACCCAAAUAUGGAGUGUAUUAUAUAUAUUUCAGUAACAUAAUAGCUAAAGCAGACAUCAAGUUACUAGCUGACAGUGACGAACAAGAAGUUGUCAGAGAAGUUCACGAGUAUUAUGCUGAUUAUUUAGCCAUAAAUCCUCACCUGUUCUCUCUUGGAAUAACAGGAUGCGCAGACGGUUUGUCCUGGAAUCCCACACACUUGCACAGAACUUGCCAGGGUAUUAUAUCGGUACUGUUAUCACUGAAAAAAUGUCCUUACAUAAGAUACCAAAAUAGUUCGAAAAUGGCCAAAAGAUUAGCGGAAACGAUACGCGAAGUAUUGACCAAAGAAUCGAAUUCCUUCAAAUUUCGUCAAGAAACAGAUCCGAUUUUGAUAAUCCUCGACAGGCGAGACGAUCCCGUGACGCCGUUGCUCAAUCAAUGGACUUAUCAAGCAAUGGUUCACGAGCUUUUGACCAUUAAUAAUAAUCGGGUAGAUCUCUCGCACGUUAAAGGCAUUUCGAAGGAACUUAGAGAAGUCGUACUGAGUGCUGAGCACGAUGAAUUUUAUGCCACAAAUUUGUACCUGAAUUUCGGUGAAAUCGGACAAACGAUCAAAGAACUGAUGGAAGACUUCCAAAAGAAGGCGAAAAAGCACCAAAAAGUUGAAAGCAUAGCAGACAUGAAGAAUUUCGUUGAGACGUAUCCACGUUUUAAAAAAAUGUCCGGUACAGUUUCGAAGCACGUAACCGUGGUCGGCGAGCUUUCAAAUCUCGUCGGAAAUCACAAUUUACUCGAAGUUUCGGAAACUGAACAAGAGCUCAGUUGUCAAAAUGAUCACUCGAAUCAACUACAAAAAAUAAAGAGACUCAUCGCCAAUCCCAAAGUCCGUGACAUCGAUGCUACGAGAUUAGUUAUGCUUUACGCUCUGCAUUACGAAAAACAUUCCAAUAAUGACAUUACCGGACUUCUAGAAAUGUUGAAAAAACGUGAAAUUUCUGAGAAGUAUACGAAGCUGAUUUACGGUGUAUUGGAAUACAGUGGUGUUAAUAACCGACAAAUGAACUUGUUCGACCGUGAAGCAGUUGCCAAGAUAACGAAAAAGUUGUUCAAAGGUCUUAGUGGAGUCGACAAUAUUUACACGCAACACACACCAAUACUAGCUGAAACUGUUGAAGAUCUGUUGAAAGGAAAAUUGAAUACUCAAACAUUCCCAUAUCUUGGCAAUAUGAUCAUGAACAAAAGACCACAAGAUGUGAUAGUAUUCAUGGUCGGUGGUACAACUUACGAGGAGAGUCUUGCGGUGUACAAUUUAAAUAAACUAAAUCCUGGCACGAAAAUAAUUCUCGGUGGCACAACGAUUCACAAUUUUCAGAGUUUUGCGGAAGAAAUAGCUGCCGGUACAAAUGGUAUUGUUUCGAGAUACAAGCAUCGGCAUAACAGUUAAAACCAGCAAGACGAGCGAUAACCGACCGACGAAAAUAAAAACGCAAGGUUCUUUUUUGGCUUGUAACGAAAAUAUUUAUUGAUACCUGGUGUUAUAUUUCUACUGAUGUAUUAUAAUAUGUAGGUAUAUUUAUUUGCGCUGUUGUACGAUGACAAAUUAAAGGCAACGUGAGGUUUGUCGUA